AUGGACCUUUCUUUUGAUUGCAUAGUGGCUGGUUCAGGCCAUGCAGGGAGCUGUGCUGCACUAUCGGCUAUCGAUGCAGGCUGCAAACGCGUUCUCGUCAUCGAGAAGGGACCUCCAGAGUGGGUAGGUGGCAACGGCUACUUCACUGCAGGUGCACACCGAACAGUCCAUGGUGGCUUGCAAGACCUCCUCCCCAUCGUGCGCAAUGCGACCGCAGAGGUGGCUUCAACUACCGACAUGGAUCCAUACUCAGCAGAGGAGUUUACCGCGGACAUCAUGCGGCUAGGAAACAACCAGUCAGAUCCGACGAUAGUCAGAGCCGUUGUUGACGGGUCAAGAGACGCGAUCGGCUGGCUUGCAGAACGGGUCCAUAUCCCAUUCAUAUUCUCCUUCCAUCGCCAGGCGUACCUUGUGAACGGGCGCCACAAGUUCUGGGGAGGUAUGGUGCUGAGUGUGGAAGACGGCGGAAAGGGCCUCAUUGCAGCACACCAGCAAGCAUUGGAGAAAGCCGGUGUGACAGUGUGGUACGACACCCCAGCAGUCGAACUGAAACUCGACCAUGGUCAUAUCUCCGGCGUAGUAGUUAUUCGCAAUGGCGAACGGCUGCAGCUCUCUGCGCCUGCCGUGGUACUAGCGUGCGGAGGCUUUGAGUCCAGUGUUGAUCUUCGCGCCAAGUACCUUGGAUCAGACUGGGAACGAGCGAAGGUCCGCGGCACUCCCUACAACACCGGCGACGGUCUCAGCCUCGCACACUCUAUCGGCGGGCAGCUGGCAGGGGACUUCGCGCACUGCCAUUCGACCUGUUGGGACGCAAACGCGCCGGCUGACCGCGGAGAUCGCGUGCUCAGCAACCAGUUCACCAAGUCCGGGUACCCACUCGGGCUUAUGCUGAACACACAGGGACGGAGGUUCGUCGACGAAGGCCAGGACUUCCGCAACUACACGUACGCGAAGUUCGGGCGCGAAAUCCUGAGGCAGCCGGGCGGGUACGCAUUCCAGGUGUGGGACGCGAGGGCGUCCGGCUGGCUGCGCAUGGAGGAGUACGGCGACGACGUCGUCGACAAGGUAUCGGCGGCGAGCGUGACAGAGCUUGCGGAGAAGCUACAGGCGAAGGGCUUGGAGGACGCCGAUGCGUUCAUUGAGACGGUCGCAGCGUACAAUCGCACUGUAACGGCUUUCGAUGAGGAGCAUCCAUCGGUGAAAUGGGAUCCUGCCGUGAAGGAUGGUCUCUCCACUCAGUCCACACGUGAGUCGCUCAAGCUCCCGAAGUCUAAUUGGGCAUUGCCACUCGACAAACCGCCGUUCCUCGCAGUCAAGGUCGCUUGUGGUAUUACAUUCACUUUUGGGGGACUGGCGAUCGAUCCGGAUACUGCUGCUGUCAUCUCAGAGAAGACGGGCCAAGCAAUCCCGGGACUCUUUUGCGCGGGUGAGCUGGUUGGUGGGGUCUUCUACGGUAACUACCCUGGUGGGAGCGGCUUGACAGCCGGCGCAGUGUUCGGACGCAAAGCUGGGAGAGGAGCAGCGCGUGUGAUGCGCUCAUGA